AUUUCCUUAUGUGGCCAAUCCCCCAAUCAUUCCAUUUGUUUAUUUAAUUUUAUCCAGGGGUGGAAGAAUUGGUGAUGUAAAAUGUCAAUUUUAGCCCACGAACUUCUUCUGUUUCAUUGUUAAAUAAAUCUCCUUGUUUCGCAGACAUGGGUGGCAUGGGCCAAGAGGAGCUGAUUCUCGGCAUAGACAUCGGCACGACUUCAGUCAAAGUGGGCAUCCUAAAUGCUAAAGUGGGCCGGAUUAUCGCCAGGCAGAGCAAAGACACGCAGGCGAAUGUGCCAAGCGAGCUCGGCUGUGAAGGGAACAAGCAGAAUCCGCCUAAGAUAAUGUCAGCCAUGCAUGCUUGCAUCUCCCGCCUCUCGAAAGACCUGCUCAAACAGGUCAGUGCAAUAGGAAUUUGUGGGCAGAUGCAUGGUGUCAUGCUGUGGAACUACACUGAAGAUGAUUGCCCUUGGGAAAAAGCUGCAAACGAAUCGCGUUAUGACAUUCUAAGCGAUAAAGUCUCUUCCCUUUAUACUUGGCAGGAUUCAAGGUGCGAUCCUGACUUCCUUGCCUCCCUCCCACAGCCAAAAUCACACCUGAAGGCAUGCUCGGGCUAUGGGUGCAAUACGUUGUUUUGGAUAUCAAAAAAUAGGCCAGAAAAGUUAAAGACGUUCAACUGUGCGGGUACAAUACAAGAUUUUGCUGUUGCAAUGCUCUGUGAACUCAAGAAGCCAGUCAUGUCAGUGCAAAAUGCUGCCAGUUGGGGCUAUUUCGACACGAAUUCUGCAGAAUGGAACACAGAGAUUCUCGACUCUGCAGGAUUUCCUGUAGAGUUGCUUCCGAAGGUUGUCCCUUCGGGUGAAAUUGCAGGGCGUUUGACCGAAACCUGGCAUUCCAUACCAGCUGGCACUCCUGUUGUCGCUGCCCUUGGAGAUUUACAGUGUUCUGUUUUGUCCGCUUUGAAAAAUGAUGACGAUGCGGUUCUCAAUAUAUCAACAUCUGCUCAAAUGUCGUUCAUCGCUCCUUCCUUUGAUCCUAAUAACAUAGAUGACUCAACCUUUGUUGAGUUCCUGCCUUAUUUUGAAGGAAGAUACCUAGCUGUAGCAGCUGCUUUAAAUGGUGGAAAUGUACUUGCUACUUUUAUAUCUAUGCUUCAAAAAUGGACCCUUGAACUUGGUUCCCACCUACCUCAAAGCACCCUUUGGGAAAAAGUAAUUGAAUCCGCUAGCAAAUGUGAAACUACUUCAUUGGUCGUUAAGCCUAAAAUUUUGGGCGAGAGGCACUCACCUAAAGAAUUCGGUUCUGUCAUUAACAUCAAUGCUGGAAAUGUCAGCCUGGGUCAAGUUUUCAAAGCCACUUGCACUGGUGUGAUUAACAACCUACAUGAGAUUAUGCCAAGAGACAUGCUCCUUCAUAACAACAUUUCGCGCAUCCUCGGAGUCGGUUCUGCUCUUUCUAGAAACAAAGUACUUCAAGAAGAGGUGAAACGUUGCUACCAGCUUCCAAUUGUAUUCGAAGGUAAAGGGGAUGCUGCUUUUGGUGCAGCAAUGGUCGCAUCCAAAAUCGCCAAAUCGUAAGCUGUCUGCAUCAAACGUGCCUUCUACAAUUGCCAAUACCCUUUCAAAUUUUUUUUUAGCUGUUUGUGUGUAUUAGUUGAACAGAUGUAGUUUAGACUUAAUCGAAAUUGACUAAUUGCACCUCAUAGUAUUGUGAUAGUUAAAGGAAUAGACUGAUGUUUUACUGUUAAGUAUCAAAAACUAGAUUCCGACCAUUUAACUUUAUUAUAAUUAAAGUUAAAUUUUUUAUAAUUUUGCAAAUUAUGAGCAAGAAAGUACCAAUUUGGUGUUUAAAAAACCAUUCGGGGUGUUUUAUUGACUAAUAAGUUCAACAUAUAUCAAAUUUGAAUUGAGAUAGGUUGUUUCACUGGGAUCGUAAAUAUCUUUACUCCUUAGGAAAUUAUUUUUUAACUAGCUGUGAUCAAUUUUUAGAAAUUUUAGGAACUGUUAAAGACAAAAAAUGUUAUCUUGGGAAAAAGAUGUUUCAUGUUUUUUGAUUAUUUUUUCCCAUAAUUCAAUCUAACACCUAUCACACAUUAAGUCACAACAAAAUGUAGUUAACUUAUGGUUAGGGAUGGUUUACAUUUUUGAAAACCCAAAAUUUUUUAAAAUUCAGUAACUGCACAGUUCACUUGGGUGAAUACUCCAAGGCCUGUUCUAUGCGAGCGCUCAAAAUGCUGCAUUUGGAACACCUCCUGCUUCUUGUUAAUUUAUUUCUUCACAAAACGUUUGAAAUGCAUUCUAGGAAACAUGAGACCAUUCUACACUUGCAUUAAGAACAGAGUGUCUCUGUUUGCGAGUUAGUUUCAAAAUGAACCCUCUUCAAUAGUAUCGUAGGGAUCCAACUAGUCCUAGCGCAUGGAGACCCAUAACCAUU